AUGAGUGAGAUAUCCAUUAUAGACCUCGCUUCUAGGCACGCUAUCAAGCUGCUUAGUUUAGAUGACGAAAAGCGAAAACCUUCGGAAAAUCAAAACGAACAUGUCAACUCGUCCGCUUGGAAGUUUGAUUCAGCCGGCGAAUCUACCAUUGGUUCGGGUCUCAAUUUGAAGGAACGGGGAUACUUUGCCAUUCCCCAGCCUGAAAUUAUUCAAAACUAUUUGGUUCCUCUUCUGCCGUCACUUCAAGCAAGAAUUCUCAAAAAUCGUCAAGAUAUUACCGAUAUUUUGCAGUCAAAACCAGGAAAAAGGUCCGGUUUUUUGGUGGUUGUGGGUCCUUCUCAUCUUCAAGGUAUAGAGCAAGCCGAAAGCUUGCGAGAUUGGGUGUCCUCCAUCCAAGAUUUCCCUAAUUUACUUGUGAGCGUAAGAACGAACUUGAGUAAACCUCGACUUGUUCUGUUGACAGACGACAAACAGUCACUCAUGCCUUACGAGAUUGAAUUUGGCUUACCCAGGCUUCGUUCUCUCUUGCUUUCCAUUGCCAAAGAUUGCCCUUUGGUGGGAGAUAUUACCAACACGAUCACACCUCAAUACGUUUCCGAUUUGUACUCGAUGGGAAUUGUUGGUUCUGACGUUGUUGAGUCUCAGCUCCAUCGUGAGCUUGCCUCAGGAGUUUCAUAUCCAGUUGGUUUCAGUACAACAACCGAAGAGCCAGUUUUGAACCCAGUAAUGUUCAAUCACCGCUUGUCUUCGGCAUUGGAUGCCAUGUUUGCAUCUGCUCAACCUCAUAGAUUUCUCUCUGUGACGAAGCUUGGCACCGUGGCAGUUGUGGGAACAGAAGGAAACUCCGACUCGUUUGUGGUGCUUCCACUCUCUUCCAUGCCCUCAGAGGACGAAGUUGGCUCGAAAAUAAAAGCCAUCUACGAUUAUCCAAAAAUUGGCACCGAUUCCCCUCGUGUGAUGUUGGAUGUUGGCAAGCUUGGUGACUCCAAUUAUGAGGAAGUUCUCAGUUUGGUCAAACGUACCAUCAACGGCCCAGCUGGACACAAAGUCAUGGGUGUUACAAUUGAUAGUGGAGACAGCUAUGGUCAGGGAAACAAGCAAGUAUUGUAUGCUGAAAAAAUGUUGCACGAAAUCAACUCGAUUCUUUCAUGA